AUGGUAGCCACUAGCCACGUGAAAUGCAACACGAAGGCCGUGGCCACAGUUUCCAUCCUCAGUGGCCACUGGAAGUCCGAUUGGACGAUGCUCGCUCUCAGGUGGCGGUUCUCAGCUGUGGGCGAUUUUGCUCCCACCGGACGCCGGGCCGUGUCUGGGUGGUGGUGGUUGUGGUUGUUAGAAUUGCGAUAUCGGGGCGUGCUACUGGCACCUGGAACCGGGACCUUCGGCCGCGUGCAGCUCGUCAGGCAGAAGACAGGCCAGCAGUUCUUUGCUCUGAAGGUCAUGAGCAUUCCUGACGUGAUUCGUCUAAAGCAAGAGCAGCACGUCCACAACGAGAAGUCGGUCCUGAAGGAAGUCAGCCACCCGUUCCUGGUUAAAUUGUUCUGGACCUGCCACGACGACCGUUUCCUCUACAUGCUGAUGGAGUUCGUGCCGGGCGGGGAGCUCUUCAGUUACCUGCGUAACCGGGGCCGCUUCUCCAGCAGCGCGGGGAUCUUCUACUCCGCCGAGAUCAUCUGUGCCAUCGAGUACCUGCACUCGAAGGAGAUCGUCUACAGGGACCUGAAGCCCGAGAACAUACUGCUGGACCGGGACGGCCACGUCAAGCUCACCGACUUCGGGUUCGCGAAGAAGCUGGUAGACAAGACGUGGACACUCUGUGGAACCCCUGAGUACCUGGCCCCUGAAGUCAUCCAAAGCAAAGGCCACGGGAGAGCCGUGGACUGGUGGGCGUUGGGCAUCCUCAUAUUUGAGAUGCUUUCGGGGUUCCCUCCGUUUUUUGACGACAACCCAUUUGGCAUUUAUCAGAAAAUUCUUGCCGGCAAAAUAGAUUUCCCCAGGCACUUGGAUUUCAAUGUAAAAGACCUCAUUAAGAAACUUCUCGUGGUGGACAGAACACGGCGCCUUGGAAACAUGAAGAAUGGAGCAGAUGACGUCAAACGGCACCGUUGGUUCCGGAUGGUGGACUGGGAGGCUGUCCCACAGAGGAAACUGAAGCCCCCCAUCGUGCCCAAGGUGUGCGGCGAAGGCGACACCUCCAACUUCGAAGCUUAUCCUGAGAACGACUGGAACGCGGCGCCCGCGGUGUCUCCCAAGGACCUGGAGGCCUUCAAGAAUUUCUGAGGGCCACCCCUGGAAGCCCUGAGGAGCCGCCUGGGGGAUGUGCCCGGGUCUGAGCCACACGAACCCACGUGGCAUGUAGAUACCCCGGGUCGGAGCACACUGGACAGUCGUGGACCUGGCGUUACCUAAGCAACUGGAAGAACUGGAAGCCGGCGCACAGUAGGACGUUUUGCAAAGCUGUCCGGUUGUCGAGUUGACCUUGCCCAUUUGCCUGGGUUCCUACUGUGUUCAUCCCUUGGUUCUCCUCGUAGACUCAGCUUUAUAAGUUUGACCUGAAUGUGUUUGGUGAUAACCACAUUGUGUCUGUGGGUGUGGGUGUGGGUGCGGGUGGGUGUGUGCGAGCGUGUGCGUAAAAGACAAUAGGACAGAGACCCACGGCCACGUACGUGUCCACACGUCGUGCGUGAGCACGUGCGUAAAGAACAAUAGGACAGAGAUGCACGGCCAUGUAGGGGUUCAGACGUCGUGCGUAAAAGACAAUAGGACAGAGACGCACGGCCACGUAGGGGUCCACACGUCUUGCAUGAGCACGUGCGUAAAAGACAAUAAGACAGACACGCAGCCACGUAGGGGUCCACACGUCGUGCGUGAGCACAUGCGUAAAAACAACAGGACAGAGAUGCGCGGCCACGUAGGGGUUCAGACGUCGUGCGUGCCUGUGCGUGUGCGUAAAAAACAAUAGGACAAGAGACCCCGCGGCCACGUCAAUGUUUGCGCGGUGCAGAGCCUGUGAUGUUUCGUUUCCAAAUUUCUUUCUCAAGAAUCUGUUCUUUUGGGAGCAAAGCCUGAAAUGUAUGAUGUCUGCUUUUUUUUUUUUUUUUUU